CUUCCCUCUCCCUCCCUCUCUCUCUCUCUCUCUCUCUCUAGCACAGUCCCUCUCGUACCUCUUCCUCCUCCCUCUGCACAGAGAGCCGGGGGGGAAGACCAGUUCAUCGCCACCCCCACCAGACAGCAACAAGAAGCAGGACCCAUAUCACCGAUUAGAUAGAUUGGAUUGGAUUGGACAAAUUCACCCAGCAACAGAACGAGAGAGAGAGAGAGAGAGAGAGGAGGGGAGAGGGGACAAUCUCAUUCGUCGGUUCCUACGCUUUAAAUGGUACAAGAUUCUCUCGCGCCGUCCAUGGGCUAUCUCCUUUUGGUGGGAAUCGCGGAGAGUCUCCAUCUUCGUUUUUCCUCGCUCUCCCUUUUGUAAUGUCGCGUGCUGAUUGAGCGGUUCUGUUGUGUGUAUCUAUCUAUCUGGACGAGACGAGGGAGCUCUCUUUCAAUGGAUUCUUCUUCUGAGGGUAAAAAAUCUCUCCUUUCCCCUGUGAUUGUGAAUGCCUCGUUUUCAUUGACGGAGCCCCCCACUGGUUGUCGGGAUUGAUAGGCGUCCCGGUUGAUGCAACGAAACACAGUAAGAUGAGUGUAGAAGAAAAGAGAGAGUUUGUCUAUCAGAUAGCGAAGUGGCCCCAGGGUGCCCCUGCAGUGUUACAAUCAUGGAGCCGUCAGGAAAUCCUGCAGAUCCUCUGCCUGGAAAUGGGCAAGGAGAGGAAGUACACUGGCCUAACGAAGCUAAAAAUGAUUGAGCAUCUCCUCAAAAUUGUGUGUGAGAAACAAUCGGGUGAAUCUGAGGAGGCAGAUAAUAAUUCUUCACAGGACCCGAGAUCAUCCAAGAGGCAGAGGAAAUCGGAUAAUCCAUCCCGACUGUCUGUUUCAACAAGCAGCACCCAAACAGUCAAAACUGAGAUUGAUUCAGAGAAGUCGGUGUAUUGCAAGAACACGGCCUGCAAGGCCAGCCUGAGUAGGGAGGACAAGUUCUGUAAAAGGUGUUCGUGUUGCAUAUGUUAUAAGUAUGAUGAUAAUAAGGAUCCAAGCUUGUGGCUUAUUUGCAACUCAGAACCGCCAUUUCAGGGGGACUCUUGUGGAAUGUCGUGUCAUUUGGAUUGUGCCCUGAAGAAUGAGAGGUCUAGGAUUGCUAGAGGUGGGCAGAGAGGUGGUGUCGAUGGGAGCUUCUGUUGCGUAUCUUGUGGAAAAGUAAAUGAUAUUCUCGGGUGCUGGAGAAAGCAAUUAAUGAUUGCAAAAGACACAAGACGGGUGGACAUACUGUGUUAUCGUCUAGCCUUGACCAAGAAACUUACUAGCGGAACUGAGAAGUACUCAGAGAUCAAUGGGAUUGUAGAAGAAGCGGUGAAGAAGCUUGAGGCAGAAGUGGGUCCCCUAUCUGGGUUACCCGUAAAAAUGGGUAGAGGAAUUGUGAACCGGCUUUCUUCUGGACCAGCGGUUCAGAAACUCUGUGCUUCUGCCGUGGAGUUAUUGGACUUCAUGCUUUCAAGUUUAGCCUCACCUCAAUCACCUGAAUCAAUAUCACCAGGUACUAUGCCUUAUUUUCUGACAAUAAGACCGGAUGCUUGGAUUCGUAGUUGGCACUUUUGGAAUAUCGUGAAGGCUUCGGAUGAUUCAGUUUUAGCCCCUGAAAACCUACUCAAAUUUGAAAACAUCGGCCCAACAUCAAUUACGGUGAUUCUGGGCUCAGAAGAUCCUCCCUCUGGAAGUUCCAUGCUGUAUAGUCUAUGGCAUCGUGGAGCUGAUGAAUCGGAUUAUUCAUUACGAGCCACGUGCACACUUUCGACCCCAAACAGGAAGUUCACUGUCUCAGGUCUGACUCCAUCCAGUGAGUAUUUCUUCAGAGCGGUGGUGUCUGAUGGAAAGAAAGAGCUAGGCUCAUUUGAGAUUAGCUCAUCCACAAGUAGCUCCUCUGCCAAUGAACUGUCAAACCAGAUCGUAGUAGAAAGAAGUCAAAGCCCUGCAACUAACUGCAGCAGCCUCUCAAAUCCUUCCUCAGUAGAAGACGAGACUAACAAUAUGGCUCCUUGCAGUAAUCAGAAUGGUAUUGAAGCAGGGGAUUAUCAACUUGUUGCUAGUUGCCCUGGGUUCGGUGAAGGACAGAGCCUGCCAGAAGCAUGUCCACUUGGGGCAAGGGCCAUUGUCCCGAUGAUCCCAGACUCUGAGGCCCUGAACCAAGAAAACAAGGACAAAACUGCGGAGGAAACAAGUACCGAUGAUGGGUCAGGCAAAGAGUGCGUCCCCUUUGCAGGUUCAUCAGAAGAAGCUAGCUUGCCCAUUACUCCAUGCAAGGCGGAGAAUAAUAACUCUAAGGAUGAGUCUGGCCGUACCUGUAGGACAAAACCAUGUGGUAACCUAGACAUUGAGAAUGAGAUCGGCUUUGGGAGCACGAUGAAGAAGCGAAGAAGGGAGAGUGGACCCAUAAACAAUGACGGUCAAUCACCCGACCGGGACUUUGAGUUCUAUGUGAAGCUUAUCAGAUGGCUAGAGUGCAAGGGCCACAUUGAGAAGAACUUCAGGCAGAAGUUCCUCACGUGGUACACCCUCAAGGCUACUCCUCAGGAGGUGAGGAUCGUGAAGGUCUUCGUGGACACAUUUAUAGAGGAUCCCGCAUCCCUCGCAGAGCAGCUCAUGGACACAUUCUCAGACUGCAUUUCGAGUAAAGAGUCAUCAUCUGUUGUUCCUUCAGGGAUCUGCAUGAAGCUCUGGCAUUGACAAGAGAUGUUCGAGUGGAGGCAAGGGGUAUCAAAUAUUAUUCAAUUGGAUUGAUUCUUGGGAUGAAUUCUAGGAAGAGCUGAUGAAAAUUCUUUGAUUUUCCCCAGCAUCUGAUGUUCAUAUGAUAUCGUAGAAUAAAGCUGGUAGAGAAGACUCAGUUUUUUGAGUUUAUCUUUAUAGGAAGAGUUAAAAUACAGUCUAUUGAUCUAAUUUAUUUGGGUCCCUGUUCAUCAGUUGCAUAUCAUGAAAUACUGUGUUUAAGUUGCUCUCUUCGUCAGAUUCGAAGUUUCUGAUGUGUAUGUAAUUUACUUCUCCUUUGAUUAUCCAACAGAUGAAAUGCAAGUGCUUUGACUA